AUGCCCAUCUACAGCGUAUGCGACUCACGUUUAGCACGUGAAAACGCCGAGAAACUCAAUAAAUCAAGCACGUUUCCUCGCGUCUCACGCUUCCCAUCCCUUCCCUUCUCUACCUAUGUACAUAUAUUUCUCCAGCACUCUGACUGUUCGUCUAUUUAUUGUUUAAUUGCAGAGAAGCCGGUACUCGAGCGCUUCCUCUAUUCGAUGUUUGGCGACGUGGAGAACGCCAAGCGACUGUUCGAACUCAACUAUGCGCUGCGCAAUAAGUAUCCGCACAUAUUCCUGCAGCGCGAUCCCACCGAUCAAGAGUCACAGCAGCUGUUGCAAGUAGCCGAUCUAGUGCCGUUGCCUGGGUUGACACCGGACAAAAACAAGCUGCUCUUCUACCGCCUAACCGACUAUGAGGCCGAUAAGUUCAAUUUUACGGCCAGUAUCAAAGUGUUCUUUAUGAUGGCGGAUCUGCGCUUUGUCGUACCCGAUGAGGCGGGCAUGUGCGACGGUGAGGUACCCAUUUUCGACAUGGCUGGCUACAGCUUACGGCAUGUGGCGCGCACGGUCUUCAGUUCGCUUCGCGUUUAUAUGAAGUUCGUGCAAGAGGCACAUCCGGUGCGCUUGAAGGCCAUACACGUGCUCAACUGCCCCUCCUAUCUGGACAAGGUGCUGUCUGUGGUGAAGCCGUUCAUUAAAAGUGAGGUUUUUAAAUUGAUCAAUUUCCAUCUACCCAAUGCCGAUACACCGUACAAUUACUUCCCGCGUGAAAUGCUACCGGAGGAAUAUGGCGGAGCAGCGGGAAAAAUGGCUGACUUGAAAGAAAAAUGGGUUAAAAUGCUGAUAGAGAAGAGAGAUUACUUGAUGAACCCCGAUGCGUGGAAGAUCGACAAAAGCAAGAAACUAAAAGCUGCAACACAGACAGAAACAAACCGAGAGCCGGAUAAAAUUUGCCAGAGUUUGAAAACACUGGAAAUCGAUUAAAGAAAUAGUUAUCAAUGUAAAUACGUCUAUCGAUGUGUAAACAUAUGCGCAUGUAAAGAAUAAAAAAAACCCUAAUUUAGAAAAGAGCAA